AAGUUCUUGUCAGUUUUUCAUGUUUCCCUCCCUAGAUCUUGUAUUUUGGAUUCCUGCUGUCUUAUAAUGAGUGACAUUUUGCCAUUAGAUGUCAUUGGUAGAAGAGUUGAAGUUAAUGAAGAAUUUGCAACAGUGCGCUUUUGUGGUGCUGUUCCUCCUGUGGCAGGAGUCUGGCUAGGAGUCGAAUGGGACAAUCCUGAGAGAGGAAAGCAUGAUGGCAGCCAUGAAGGUACUAUGUAUUUUAAAUGCAGGCACCCAACAGGAGGCUCCUUUGUUCGUCCAAACAAAGCUAAUUUUGGAGUAGACUUUCUUACUGCCCUUAAGAAGCGUUACACAUUAGAAGAUGGAUCUGAUGAGGAUGGAAAAUCAUGUUCCCUAAUAGUUGGAAGUAAACAAGUGGAAACUGUUGGUUUUGACAGUAUUACAAAGAAGCAGAGCCAACUGAGAGCAUUGCAAGACAUUUCCCUGUGGAAGUGUGCUGUGAGUUGUGCUGGGGAACAAGGAAGAAUUGCUGAAGCCUGCCCCAAUAUUCGAGUUGUAAAUUUGUCCAAAAACUUGUUGUCGUCUUGGGAUGAAGUGAUUCUUAUUGCAGAGCAGCUCAAUAACCUGGAGUCUCUGGAUCUCAGUGAAAAUAAACUGCAGUUUCCCUGUGACUCACCAACUCCAACUGGAACAUUUUCUAAUCUGAAGAUUUUAGUCCUAAAUAAAAUGGGAAUAACAUGGGCUGAGGUGCUGCGCUGUGCCCCUUCAUGGCCAGUCCUUGAGGAACUUUACCUCAAAUCUAACAAUAUCUCCAUUUCAGAAAGGCCAAUGAAUGUCCUGCAGAAGAUGAGGUUACUAAACCUUUCCUCUAACCCAGCCAUUGAUGAAAGCCAGCUGUGCCUCAUAGCAUACCUACCCAGAUUAGAACACCUACUCAUUUCUGACAUUGGACUUUCUUCUAUACAUUUUCCAGAUGCUGGAAUUGGGUGCAAAACAUCCAUGUUCCCGUCUUUGCAGUACCUCGUAGUCAAUGACAACCAAAUCUCAGAAUGGUCAUUUAUCAAUGAGCUAGAUAAAUUACAGAGCCUACAGGCUCUGUCCUGUACUAGAAACCCCCUGUGUGAAAGAGACAAAGCAGAAGAGAUCAUCAUUGCCAAGAUCGGUCAGCUGAAGACCCUGAACAGGUGUCAGAUUCUUCCAGAAGAAAGGCGUGGAGCUGAGCUUGAUUACCGAAAAACCUUUGGAAAUGAAUGGAGAAGAGCUGGUGGACACCCGGAUCCAGACAAAAACAGGCCAAAUGCAGAGUUUCUUUCAGCCCAUCCUAGAUACCAGCUUCUGUGCCACAAAUAUGGUGCACCUGAGGAUGAGGAACUCAAAAUACAGCAGCCAUUCAUGCUCAAGAAUCAGCUACUAACACUGAAGAUAAAAUGCUCAAACCAACAUGAACAGAAAGUAUUAGAAAAACAGUUGCCAGAUUCCAUGACAAUCCAAAAGGUAAAGGGACUACUGUCACGUCUUCUCAAAGUUCCUGUGUCAGAACUUCUGUUGUCCUAUGAGAGUCCCAAGAUGCCAGGCAGAGAAAUUGAGCUUGAAAAUGACCUACAGUCAUUACAGUUUUAUUCUGUGGAGAAUGGAGAUUGUCUACUAGUGAGAUGGUAACAAUCCGACUGGUUGUAUAUACCAGAAACAAAAACUUUGCCUUCACAAAGGAUGUAUGUUUUGUUGGAAAAGGACCAAUUGGAAAAGGACCAUUUGGUUGUAUAUUAAUAGACUAAUAAAGGCUUUGAUUACUA